GCUGAUAAAUGUGACGCUGCCGAUAUCCGAUGCGGUAGUGAGUGUCACCGAGCGAAAGCAGUGUAGCGGAGGAGAGAUAUCGAAAGGAACUGAAUCACGGCGCUGAAACGGAUAAAGUGUCCGUGUGUUAGUCCGCGCCCGGGACAUCAGUGAUGGGGAACGCGGAGAGCGGCGGCACCGGGAGCGGUGAUGAGGAGGACAUCGAGGCGGAGAGCCCGAGUUUCACGGAAGGCGGCCCGGCCUCUGCGGGGGCCACGGGAGCCGGGACCGGCGGAGGGAGCAGCGGAUCAGCAGCAGCAGGGGUCUCCGGCUCAGGACGCAGCGGCAGGGGCUCGAGUCACGCGGCAGGAGCGAGUUCCGGCCUGCCAUCGCCCGAGGCCCUGAUGGAGCAGGUGCGGCUGAGAGAGGCAGCGGGCCGCGCCGGCGACACCACCACUCUCACCGUGUCGGAGUCCGCGAUCGCCCGCAAUGAGAGCGCGCUGGUGCGCUGGCUGGAGGAGAGACUCGGCCGCGGGGAGGAAACCCUCACCCUGGAGCAGUUCUGUGACAUGCUGGAGAGCAGAGACGCGCAGCGGGACGAGUGCGAGGAGGCUUUUGGUCAGUUUGAUGCCGAGGGCGAUGGGGUUGUUGAUGUCGAGACCAUGCUCAUGGCCCUGAAGAACAGCAACGGUGCAAAUCUGCAAGGAGAACUUAGUCACGUGAUCAGGCAGCUGCAGGCCUGCUCUCUGACUCCAGGAUUUGUGGACAUCUUCUCCAAGUCAAAAGACAGAAUAGGUGCACACGCCUCAAAGAUCCUGAAGUUCCUGCACAGGAAUCGCAUCCCAAGUAGUGCAAUUCCCUUCCCCAUUCUGGAUGGCUACAAUAGCAUCAGCGCCAUGAGGGCUGCAGUGCUGCAGGACUUCCUGGAUUACCUUCUGCAAAAGGAGAAAGAUUUGGACAUUCAGUACGGGACAGAGCUGACCCAGGGCCCGGAAGUGGAUCGGGUCAAGGUGGUGUCUCAGUGUUACAGCUCCAUCGAGGCCUCAUCCAACAGCCCAGACAUCCACCGGAUGACCAACGGUGAAACCGUGUCCUACUGGCAGUCUGACGGCAGUGCACGCUCCCACUGGAUCAGGUUAAAGCUGAAGCCAGAUGUGGUGCUGAGGCGAUUGGCUAUCGCUGUGGCGUCCAGCGAUCACAGCUACAUGCCACAGCUGGUGUCUGUAUCUGUAGGAAAGAGCCGGCGCUCGCUGCAGGAGAUCAGAGACAUUCGCAUCCCCAGCAACGUCACAGGCUACGUGCCCCUUCUGGACAACGCCAACGUCUCUCAGCCAUAUGUUCAGAUCAACAUUAAGCGGUGUUUAAGUGAUGGCUGUGAUACGCGGAUCCACGGCCUGAAGACCAUGGGCUACCAGGUGACCAAGAGCAAGGAAGUGUCCGUGUCUGACGCCUCGGCCAUCUGGUACCUCUCUCUGCUCACCUCACUGGUGACGGCGUCCAUGGAGACGAACCCCGCCCUUGCAAACACUGUCCUCCAGAGCACACAAAAAGCCUUAGAGCACAUGCCGCCACUGUCGUUAGCGCCGUCCUCCACAGAGUUCCCAAAGUUCUUCUCCCCCAACAUCCUGGAAGAAGUGGACGCCUUCCUCCUCCGAAUCGCAGAUUGCUGUGUGACCCCGGCUGCAGAGUUGACCCUCUUGGCGUUUGCUCUGGCUCGGGGCAGUGUGAUGAAGGUGUUGCUGUCUCUGGCGGGGAUGUGUGAGCACGUGGACUCGGAGUAUCGUGCUGCGUCACUGCUGGCCUCCAUGGGCUCAGUUCGCCUCCACCUGCUCUACCGCAACGGUAAAACUUUACAGCUGCGUUUGCAGGCAUGCGAUGUGAAGAGCCGAGAUGAUAAGUGUGGCCCGGAGAACAUGCUGACCGACCCCUCGACAGGAGACGGUUUUCUCACCGAGUGCGGGAAGACGAGAGCCAGCGUCAUUCUCUCCACCGAGGACCAGACGUGCUUCCAGGUCACACAGAUCAGAAUCAAAGUGCGUAAAGGAGCCAUCGGCGCUAAAUGCGGCCUGGUGUUCGCUUACAACGACUCGGAGGCUUUUGACGCAGACAAGCACUUUAAGAAGUUCAGGAAGUACGACACGUGGGAUUUUAAGGACUACAAGGAGUUUGUUCAAGACAAACAUUCCAGUAAAGGAGCAGCAGAGGUGAGAGAAGAGAAUCCUGUAGGCUGGUUUGAGCUGGAGGAAGACUGGAAUGAUGUGGAGAUCAAGCUACAGCAGUGCCGCGUUGCAAAUUUUCUCAUGGUGAAGUUCGUGUGCGUGAGGCAGGACUCGGCCGAGCGGCUCGGGGUUCAGCAGCUAGCCUUUAGCGGCUACUUGUGUCCGGAUUCUGAGAGACUGGAGGAAGAGGAGGAGCAACUGAACACUCGCACACAGGGAGCCAACUGCGGCCUGGUCACGGGCCUCACACUAAUCCGAAAGACCCUGUACUUCAUCCAGCAGCUCACUCGAGACAUGGACAUGAUGAUGCAAAAGCAGAAGUCUUUGUUGGACUUCAGCGGGCUGAACCUGCCGCUCUUCUGGGACUUCUACAGAAAACUCAGGUCGAUAGGUGGAGAGGAGGCAAUGAAAGCCCAGGUCCUUCUGCUCCAGCUUCUUCAGAAUUGUUUCCCAGCUCUUCCUGCCUUGCCGGAGUCCCGGGGCUCACCGGAAAAGACGACAUCAUCAUCACCUGCAGCUGGAGCAUCAGUGAGCACAGAUGUGGAUCCAGCUGAGGCUGUAGGGGAGCUAUAUAGUCACCUCUGUCAGGUUGUUGACGGGCCUGAAGGAGAGUCUGCAGUGGAAAAAGCUCUGAGGAAACAGGCAGUGAAAGCCGUCCUGAGCGGCGCAGCCAUCUUCUACCCAGACAAACAGAGCCGGCGAGACAAACUCUUUGACAUGAUGAAGAACUUAACGGAAGAAAAUCAGCCCGAGUCGGCAAAGCUGACAUUCGAGUCACUCUGUAAUUAUUUCAGUGAUCAGGACCCGAGCGGUCUGCUGCUUCUGCCUCCUAAAGGAGCGCCUGCUGACUUUGACAUCUCCCCUAUCCUCAGUGUUAUGGACACACUGCUCCUCGUCGCCACUAGAGAGUGUGAGGUGAUGCUGGAUAGCUCUGGAGGAUCCAGUCGGAAGGUCCUGCUCUCUCUCUUCUGGGCUCUGCAGGGCAGUUUGCUCUCCUGGUGCUUCCUCCAGCUCAAAGGAGGCGCAGCUCCAGCCUGCGAUCUGGCCAGAGACAUCCUGAUCAAAUAUGUAGCACAGUUCCUCACCAACACCCGAACCACGCUGAGCUCCCUGCUGGAGAGAUACUCUGCCACCGACAUCGUCGCCAAGCUCGGCAACUCCAUCGUCACCAUGGCAACCAGGCAGCUGGCGAUCUUCCUGCUGGAGCUGUGCGCUCUGGACAUUCCUCACUGCAGCAUUCUCAGGAGUUUCUUCUCUUUGCUGGAGCUGCUCAAGAAGCUGGCCAGCAGCGUCGAGGACUCUUCCAAGGGGGACGUGGACGGCUGGCAGAAUCCUCAGCAGCCGGUGGUGUUGAGGACAUGGGCAAUGGAGUCCCCUCACAAUUAUGAAGACAGUAAACAUGAGAACACUGUGUUCCUCUGUCCCGGUGCCACGUAUUUCGAGGUGGAUUUCGACGAACGCUGCGAGACGGAGAAGAGGUACGACUAUUUGGAAUUUACCGAUUCCAGAGGAGGCAAAGUGCGGUAUGACAUGAAAGUCGGCUCUGAAAAGUGGCCAAAGAAAGUGACGUUUAAAGCAGGCCACCAGCUGCAGUUCCUUUUCCACUCGGACAGCAGUAACACUGAGUGGGGCUACAAGUUUACAGUAACAGCAUUCGGGCUUCCAGACAUCAGCGUCUCCUGGAUCUCUGACCUGCAGCUCCUCGUGUCGAGGCUGAUGGGUCGCCUGGCUUCACGCACCAUGGCGUUCAAAUCCUCAAAUGACGUUCACAGCGUGAAGGAGCUUCCUGCAGCCAUGAUGAACCACGUGAUCGCCUCUCCUCUGUGGAAGCCCGUGUUCACACAUGGCGUGAGUCGACAAGCCAGAAGUCGAGAACCUGAACACCGUAGCGAUGACGCGCAACAGACAAAAUCCGUCGCCUCCGGAGAUGACCUGGUGGAGUUCCUGUUGGACUUUGUUCGCUGGGAUCCUUCCUGUGAGUCGCGUGCUGAAAGGGUGGAGCUUAUGAGGGUCCUCAUGCUGUCGUGUAAGAAGCAGCUGGUCAGAAACGAGAUUGCUACGGGGUCGAAGGUCGAUCAGGCUGUAAACGCUAUCUGGGCAGCUAUGGUGUACCACACCCCAGCUCUUCACACUUCCCUCAGAAACUUUGUGGUAAAGCAGGGGCAGAGCUGUGUGAGUGAGGACCUCGCCCAAGUCUACAUGCUCGCUGAUGGCAUCAGGACCUGGAUGUUGGAGAUGAAGCAGCGCUGGUCCCUGCUGGCCAAAACAAACGGCUCAGGAGAGAAAGGGGACGGUCAAAGAGAAGUUACACCCGAGUAUUUGGCUGAGAUCUGUAUCAGUAAGAGCUUGCUGUUGUUCAGGUUCAGCCCUGGUGCUGGCACUGCCGCUGCACCACCUCCAUGUCCUGAUCCCUGUAAACCAGCAGAGAGCCCCAUCGUCCCUGCUCUCCCUCACUCCGUGUCUAUAUCAGAAGGUGACUUCCAGGCCUGUCCUGCUCCCUCCUCCUCCCAGAGUCCUACAAGCGUCGAGACCCAGAUCUGUGCUUCCUCAGAUCCCGGCGCUUCCAGCAGUGCCAGUGCUCAGGGUUCUCGAGGGUCCACAGAGAGCCUUCACUCUCAGGGCGGAGAGCCCGUGUCCCCACUGACCUUUUCCCGCAGAGCGCUGUCCAGCCGCGGCCGCCUCCGACUGCUUUCCUACCGCUCGGUGGAUGAAACGCGUCCCACGGUGUCGGUCAAAGAGAGAUUCCCAAUUCUGAAACACAUAUUCAGCUUUGUGAAGGACAUGGCGAUUAGUGAGACCAGUGUUCUCCAGACUCUUGCCUUAAAAAAGUCCCAGGCUAUGAGUGUGUGUGAAGUUUUAGACAUGGUGCAGCAAUGUUUACGGUCCCUGGGGAACCCACACCUCUUCCAGGCUCCCUGUAUUCUGUUCCUGCAGGAGCUCCUGGCCUGCCAGAAAGACUUCACCAAUUACUUCUCCCAGUUAACUGGCUGUGGGCUGGAUCUGAAGGAACAGGUCAGAUCAUCCUACCAUCAGCUCAUUCAUAUGCUCGUAGACGCGGUGCAAGGAUUCAACGAGCUCAGCGACAAGGUGCUGCUGCCGGCAUUGUCGUGUGUGCAGACGUGUCUCCUCCACCUGCUGGACAUGAGCUGGGAAGUUCAAGACCUGCCUCUUUUUGAAGACAUCAAGCUGCCUGAUCUGCUGCUCACCAUGUCUCAGGAGAACAUCAGCGUCCAUGACAUCGCCAUCAGUCAGUGGACGGAAGAGGAUGAGAUCGCUGACUACGAGAGGAACACGGAGUGGAUGGACGAAUGCAUGGACGGCAUGUUCGAGAAGUGGUUCGACAAGAUCACCCAGGCCUCAGCAGAAGACAAGAGAAAGAUGCACAUGUUCAUUGCGCGGUACUGCGAUCUGUUGAACGUGGAGAUCUCGUGUGAUGGAUGUGAGAGAAUCGCUCCUGGACACCGCUACCGCUGUCUGCAGUGCACUGACAUGGACUUGUGCAAGACCUGCUUCCUCAGCGGUGCAAAGCCUGAAGGGCACGAAGACGAGCACGAGAUGGUGAACAUGGAGUACGCUUGUGAUCACUGCCAGGGUCUCAUCGUAGGCAGCAGGAUCAACUGUAAUGUCUGCGAGGAUUUCGACCUCUGCUUCGGUUGCUACAACGCUAAGAAAUACCCUGACAGUCAUCUCCCCACCCACCGUAUCACAGUCUACCCCAUGGUGACCAUCCGCAUCAGCGAUCGGCACAGGCUCAUCCAGCCAUACAUCCACAACUACUCCUGGCUCCUGUUUGCCAGCCUGGCUUUGUUCACCUCCGAGGUGAUGAACGAGUCGACGGACGCCAUGGCUCAGGGUCACGCCGCAGCACUGCAAAGCCGCUGCUCGCAGCUCAUCACGGAGUGUUUGAUGAAGGGCCAGACGGGAAAAGGUUUGCGCGCUUCAGCUCUUUUGUCCUUGCUGUCGUCUAAUGAGCCGGAGCCAUGUCCUUCCAGCCCAGAGCCCAGUCAGGAACUCGGCAACUCGGACACAUCGUCUGUACCGAGCAGCAGCGCAGCUCCCUGCUCUCCACCAUCCUCUCUUUUCAAAAUGGUGUCUGCAGACGAGAAGGAAGGGCGGAGCCAGCUGGUUUCCCAGGAUGCACUGGAUUUUCCGUCACUGUCCAGCGAAGACACGCUGUCUCCAGAGCUCAGAGCUACUGAUUCCAGUGGUGAUACCAUCACGUCUCCCACCUCUGAGCACCUGGACAACAGAGAACAGGAAGACGGGACACCAAAAGGGCCUCUGCAGGAGCAGGUGUUCGCCGAGUGUUCCAGGGAGAGGAUUCUGGGAUUGCUGGCAGCCAUGUUACCUCCAGCCAAAUCGGGUACUACAAUUUCCCUCUCCGGUCUGAGCCCAAUCCUGCCUCUGCUCUUCCGUGUGGUCAUCUCAAAUGCAGGCUGUCUGAACGAGGCCUACCACCUGACACUCGGGCUUCUAGGGCAGCUGCUUCUGCGCAUCUCACCCGCCGAGGCUGACGCAGCCGUCACCGAGGCUCUUUCUGAGAAAUACGAGCUCCUGGCGCCAGCCAACGGAGCGAUCAAUGAGGCCGAAGGCUGGAAAACCACUCAGCUUCUGUUCAGCCUCGGAGCUGUGUGUCUGGACAGUCGCAUUGGUUUGGACUGGGCAAGCUCAGUGGCGGACAUCUUGAGAAAUCUGAAUACAUGUCCUCAAUGGUGCGACGUUAUUGCAAGUUUCACCGACUGCUGCAUUCAGCAGUUACCACACCAACUCAAACGCACCAACAUCUUCACUCUGCAUGUCCUGGUCAUCUUCCCUGAGGUGCUGUGUAUGGGAACGCAGUCGGUGUUCAUGGACAAUGCUAACGAGCAACACAACAUCAUUCUGCUCAAACACUUCACCGAGAAGAACAGAGCCGCCGUCGUCGACGUCAAGACGCGCAAAAGGAGGACAGUGAAGGAUUACCAGCUGAUGCAAGUUGAUGAAAGCUUGGCUCUGUCCAGCCACUACCUGAAGAACUUUAUCUCCAUUGUGAACCAGUUGCUACAGGCUGGGGUGGAGAGCAGCUCCUCGGAUGCAGUGGAGGCCACCUGGGUGCUCUCGCUCGCCCUCAAAGGCCUCUACAGCAUCCUUAAGAAGCAUGGCAACGAGCAGGCCCAACAGGCCAUGCAGAGCGCCGGCCUUAUGCAGCUGCUGGUACACAAAUGCAGUAAGGGCACAGGCUUCAGCAAGACGUGGCUGCUGCGUGACCUGGAGAUCCUCUCCAUCAUGCUGUACUCCUCCAAACGUGAGAUCCACUCCAUGGCUGAGGACAGCGAGUGCGGCGAGCGAGAGGAGGACCGAGAAAGGGAGAAAGAGCACGACUCAGACCUUCUCAGCUGCUGCGCUGAAGACGUCGACCCACUCGAAGGGCUGGAUGAAGAUACCAAGGCCUGCUUCCAGCUUACUCAUGAUGCCCUAAACGCUCCUCUACACAUCCUGAGAGCCUUGUAUGAGCUCCAGAUGAAGAGGACAGACUCGUUUUUCCGGGAAGUGCAGAAACGAUUCGACGGAGACGUAAUAAAGACGGAUGAGACGAUCCGGACGCUAGCCCAGAAAUGGCAGCCUGUUAAACGCAUGCACUCAGACGAGCGUCAUGCAAAAGCCGUGGACACAGACAUGAUCAUCCUGCCUUCCGUGUUGAAGCCGAGCCGUUGCGAAACAGCCACGGAGGAGACGAACGUGGUGACGCAGAAGCUGAUCACCAUUACGGAAAGUGAGCUGCAGCUCAGUUAUGCCAAACAGCGGCGCACCAAGAGCUCAGCGCUGCUGCACAAGGAGCUGGACGCACGCAGCAACAAGGCUGUGCGCCACUACCUGUUCCGCGUGAACGAGGCUAUCAGCAUCCUGUACGCCAGGCACGUGCUGGCUCUGCUGCUGGCCCACUGGCCUGAUUGUGAUCCGAUCAGGGAGGAGGACUUGGAGCUGAGUGGAGCCUCACAUAUGGCCCACAUCCUUGACAUGCUCAUGCAGCUAGAGGAGAAGCCACUGUGGGAGAAGAUCCUGCAGAAAGUAAUAAAAGGCUGCAGUCAGAGCAUGCUCAACAGUCUGUCCCUGACUGCGUGUCAGUUCAUGGAGGAGCCUGUUAUGGCCAUGCAGUUCCGGGAAUCCAAACACCCCUACGACAACAAUACCAACUUUGAGGACAAGGUGCACAUCCCCGGGGCUUUUUAUCUGUCUGUGAAGUUCGACUCUCGCUGCCAGACUGAAGAGGGCUGUGAUGAGCUGCAGCUGGCCAGCAGCGCCGACUUCCAGCAGGACCUGCACACCUUUAGCGGCUCCUACCACAAAUGGGCUGAUGUGGAGAUACCAGGGGACACUCUUUACUACAGGUUUGUGUCAGACAUGAGUAAUACAGAGUGGGGCUACAAGUUCACUGUGACUGGAGGACAUCGCGGACGCUUCCAAACCGGUUUUGAGAUCCUGAAGCAGAUGUUGUUUGAUGACCAGGCUCUCGCCCAUCUGCCGCUGGCAGACAUCUGGGAAUGGCAGGUGGGCGUGGCCUGUCGUCAGACAGGAAGUCAGCGUCUAAAGGCCAUUCACCUGCUGCUGCGGAUACUGCAGCGUCCUACUCAGUGGGGCUGUGAUUUGACUCUGCUGAAGCCGCUCUGGCAGCUCUUUACCACUAUGGAGGGCGGCGUGAAUCAGGAUCCCACCAGCAUCACAGUCCUGUUGCCUCUUCAUCGAGCUCUCACUGAACUCUUCUUCAUUGCUGAGACCAAAGCCCUGGAGCAGGGCAUACUUCAGGAGUAUCUGCUCGCUCUUACAACCAACGAACAACUCCUAACACGUACAGCUCAGGCCCUGAAGAACAUUGCCGCUAUCAGCCUGGCCAUCAAUUACCCAAAUAAAUCCACCAGACUGCUGAAUGUUUCUCCCUGAGACGAGGAAAGUCGGGGCUGUCGGAGCAGUCCGUGUCCUCCAUCGCUGCCUUCUAAUGGGCAGGUAAAAGGUGUACCAGGAAAGCCCCCUCUCUUUCUCUCUUACACACACACUCACGCACCCACUCUCACACACUCUCUCACACACACCCACACACACCCACGCGUAUGCAGCGUCUUCCAGAAACGGGAUCCCUCCUUAAUCUAAAAGGAACACCGUGAGAAGAGAUCUCCUUGUUUUUAAUGUCAUUUUAGUCAAGGACAUCAGAAUUAGCAACACUGAUUUGAAAGCGCCAUUUGAUUUUUUUUUUUUAUAAUGCCCUCUUUAUUUCUUACUUGAAGCAGUUCCAGCGCUGAAAACAGGGCAAGUGUGCCGCGUGCCAACUUUGCCAUCAUUUCCCUCAGCAAAGUCGCUCCUUCCUCCCUUUAUUUAUGCUCCUCUUUUUCAAGCGCACCUCGGGCGAGACAAUCGAUCAUCUUGAAAGCAGGUCACCUCUCGCCGCAUCGGCCCUAAAAAUACAAGCGGCCUACACAGCCUCAUCCAUCAGAGCGGCCUGAGAUUUCAGUCCAACCAGCGAUGGCAUCGCAGAGAGUCGCUCAAGCGUUUUAUUCUCAGCGUUACUAUUACUCAUUAUUAUGAUUAUUAUUGUUAUUAUUUAAAUGGUUCCAUCACAUGUAUACUGUUGUAUAUCCAUCACUUGAAAAUGCAUAUUGUUAUACGUGUAUUUACGCCUGGGGUGUUGGUUUGAUGUGCCAUAGGCACCUGUAGCCUUAAAGCAAUCAGCAAACUGACUGGUUUCAAAUGUGGGGCUGCUCCAGACCGGAGAAUGAAAUCAUCUUUGACUUAGUUUGUUUGUUUGUUUGUUUUGGAUAAGCUGCUUUAAUUUUUUUUUUCCUGGUUUGAAGAAUUAGAUGAAUGAAAUUAAGGGUAUUGGUAUUUUAAGCUUAAGAGUGUGACAUGGUGGUGGGAGGUUUCCAGGUUUUGGGGGGGGGGUCCUUUUUUUUUUUUUUCUUUUCAUUACAAUAGGACAUCAAGACUCAGAUUUGUGAUUAAAAUCUUUUUUUGAUUUCAUUUUGCUUUAAUGGAUGUAAACUUAAUUAGAAAGUCGUUGACACCAAAGAAACUUCUCGCCUAAAAGGAAAAAAAAAAUAAUAACGUCAUCUUAAUGAAUAAGGAACGUUCCAGAAGGUAGUGCUGGUCUUCUGACAGAAGAUGGGAUGAUGGAUGGUUUGGGUUUUUUUGUUUGUUUGUUUUUUAUUUGAAUUGCUGACUGAAUCUAAGUUAAAGGGAUGAGUUAAUAUUACUGGCGUUGAGGUUAAACACAGACCCUUUAGUCUUCAGUAAUUUUGUUUACAGAAAUGCAAGUACAUACAGAGCGUUAGCUGCUUUCGGUGCCUGAAGUCCACUAUCAAGACGGCUGCCAAGUAGACUUCCAGUCUCUCCAAGCCUCAGAUCUGAAUACGUUUAUGUGCCUAUGUUUGAAAUGAAGCAAUCUUGAUUUGCCAUGUCAUUGUAAUUGUAACAGAACUUAACCGUUAUAUUUUUCAAAAAUAAGAAUUCUAUGGCUUUAAUUUGAUUUUUUUUUUUUUUAAUGUUAUUAUUUUCAUGAAUGUCAUCCUUUUUUGUAUUUGGUUUAUCCAUUACUUGGUUGAUGUUUCAUGUGAAUUAAAGAUCGACAUGAAUGUAAAUAGUUGUGUAUUAUAAUGGUAAUUGCACAUAUAGGAAGAAAAUAUUUCAUAUCAACUCACUCCCCAAAAUAAAUCCAAAUUAUUUAAUAUAUUGCUCUGGGUUAAGAUUUAACUCUUGAUUUUGUAUGUCAUGGCACUUGGAAAAAAAAACAAUAAUAAUGGAGUUUUUAAUUAAAAUGCAGUUG